UAGCGGAUGGGAAGUAGCUGCUGCCUUGUGGAUGCGAUCCAUGGCUUCUGUCCUUUUCUGUUUAUCUCAGCUGUCCCGGAAACCAUGGAGUCAGCAACUCAAGUUCCUGAGUCCACUGAGUGCAGGUGUAAUGGGCCAGAGAGCAGGAAAAAAGAAUGUAACCAUGGAUCUAAUAGAAAUAAAUGAGAAGGACUUAUUAGAACAGUUUGUCCGUGGAGAUGGUCCAGGAGGACAAGCUACUAAUAAAACCAAUAACUGUGUAGUGCUAAAGCAUGUUCCAUCUGGAAUUGUUGUCAAGUGCCAUCAGACCAGGUCUUUGGAGACAAACCGAACGAAGGCAAGAGGUAUCCUAAGGGAGAAAGUGGACGUUUUCUAUAAAGGAGAAAACAGCGAUGUUGUCAAGGAAAAAGAAGAAGCAAGAAGAGAAAAGCAAGAAAAAAAGAAAAAAGCCCAGGAAAAUCUAGCAAGGAAAAAACUUUUCAAGGAGAUGAAACGCUUAGAAAAUGCAGAAGAACAAAGCUGAGAUACACGAUUGCAGUGUAGGCUGAUGGACUUUGAGAAAAGA